UUUGUCUUACAUUAUAUUUUUAUAGAUUUUGUUAUAAUCGUGGUGCUGGGAAAGGUGAAGAGUUUGACAAUAAGCUUUGACUGUCUCAAUGACAGCAAUGUCCCUGUGUAUUCUAGUGGGGAUACUGUCUCAGGAAGGGUGAAUUUAGAAGUUACUGGAGAAAUCAGAGUAAAAUCUCUUAAAAUUCAUGCAAGAGGACAUGCGAAAGUACGCUGGACUGCAUCUAGAAACGCCGGCUCCAAUACUGCCUAUACACAGAAUUACACUGAAGAAGUUGAAUAUUUCAACCAUAAAGACAUCCUAAUUGGGCAUGAAAGAGAUGAUGAUAAUUCCGAAGAAGGCUUCAAUACUAUUCAUUCAGGAAGGCAUGAAUAUGCAUUCAGCUUCGAGCUUCCACAGACACCACUUGCUACCUCAUUCGAAGGCCGACAUGGCAGUGUGCGCUAUUGGGUGAAAGCCGAAUUGCACAGGACUUGGCUUCUACCAGUAAAAUUAAAGAAGGAAUUUACAGUCUUUGAGCAUAUAGAUAUCAACACUCCUUCAUUACUGUCACCCCAAGCAGGCACAAAAGAAAAGACUCUGUGUUGCUGGUUCUGUACCUCAGGCCCAAUAUCCUUAAGUGCCAAAAUUGAAAGGAAAGGCUAUACCCCAGGUGAAUCAAUUCAGAUAUUUGCUGAGAUUGAGAACUGCUCUUCCCGAAUGGUGGUGCCAAAGGCAACCAUUUACCAAACACAGGCCUUCUAUGCCAAGGGGAAAAUGAAGGAAGUGAAACAGCUUGUGGCUAACUUGCGUGGGGAAUCCUUAUCAUCUGGAAAGACAGAGACGUGGAAUGGCAAGUUGCUGAAAAUUCCACCAGUUUCACCCUCUAUCCUCGAUUGUAGUAUAAUCCGUGUGGAAUAUUCACUAAUGGUUUAUGUGGAUAUUCCUGGAGCUAUGGAUUUGUUUCUUAAUUUGCCACUUGUCAUCGGUACCAUUCCUCUGCAUCCAUUUGGUAGCAGAACCUCAAGUGUAAGCAGUCAGUGUAGCAUGAAUAUGAACCAGCUUAGUUUAUCCCUUCCUGAAAGACCUGAAGCACCACCCAGUUAUGCAGAAGUGGUAACAGAGGAACAAAGACGGAACAACCUUGCACCGAUUGAUCCAAAUCCUGAUCAAUCUUCAGAUGAUAGACCAUCCUGCCCCUCUCGUUGAAGGAACACUUGGUUGAAUCAAGUUGAUGUGGGUUCUGAACUGUAUCUCUUCUGGCUGAGGACAGAGAAGUACCUUGGAGACAUGUUUUCAGAGGAAGUGGAAUUGCUUUUGCCCAGAAAAAUGGCAAAUACAUGAAACAACAAGUGAUCAUGCUUUAGAAGCCUACAGCAACAUUCUGGGACUGCUCCAAUAUGCUUGAAGAUCUAAGCUUUUCUUCUUUAAAACUGGCACAUAUUAAGAGCAGUCUUCUUAGCCUAUGGUCAUACGUGUCAAGACACCAUGUUAUAAGAGGGA